AUGUCUCGUGAUAACAUCAACACUAGUGGUGUUUAUAACAUUAAUUCUCUGACCAAAUUAGAUACAUACUUCUUAUCUCAUCAGCAUAAAAAAUUUCAUUUUCAGAAUCGGAAUCAAAAUAAUUUUAAUCAUAAUAAUUCCACCGAUACCUUACCAGCGACAUCAUUACCGCAAACCUACUUUUCUUCUGUCACCAAUGACGAUACUACGUCGUCAUCAUCAUGCUCUACUUCCGAACUGGCUGCGUCCGAUCAAUGCCUCGGAGAUCAUACCAGUGAUGAUAUAGUAAGUGAUCAUCCUGAUUCUCCGACGACACCUACUACCCCAUUUGGCAUUCACGUUAAUAGUCCAUUUGGAGAACCUCAUAUAUCUUCUUAUUCUCCCUGGUUAACAGCAACGAUGCCCACAAUAUAUGAAAAUUCCUUCCCGCAAAAAAUUUAUACUUUUACCUCUCAAAACAAACAGAAACUACCUUCUUCUUAUAACCUGAACGCUCAUAAAAUUGAUUUGCAACAGCAAUCAUCACCUUUUCUCUCACAAUCAUCACCUAUCCCUUUACAAUCAUCACCUUCUCCUUUACAUUCAUCACCUUCCCUCUCCGUCUCCUCUCGUUCGGACGACCUGGAAGAAACGGGUGAAAAUUCUAUCAAGGACGAAGAAAAAUCCUCACAUGAUGACAAUGACAAUGACAUGUGUGAGGAUGAUAACAAGGGAAAUCAAAGGAAAACAAAAGAAGACAUCUUCUUAAAAUUGAAGUUACCCGUUAACGGUAUUGCCACUCGCACACGUAGUAAAAAAACGAUACCAAGUCAGGAUCCCCCGUCUUCGAAGAAGAAGCAUCAAAAACAGCAAAGGCAACAAAAGCAUCAAAAGCAUCAAAGACAGCAAAGACAACAAAGACAACAAAGGCAGCAAAGGCAGCAAAGGCAUCAGAAAUUACCGAGGCACCCAUUGUCAGAGGAGGAAAAGGUUUUGCUAAAAUAUUCAAAUAAGGUGGCAGAGAUCCCUUCAUUCUCAAGAAAGGUGACCAUACCUUCUCAAAAUGUUUCGGAGGAAACUUUACCGCAGUCGAAAAAUCCAAAUUAUCCCAUACCGAAAUCGCAACGACAGGUUUUAUCCGGUUGGACUUAUCAAGAACAAAAAAGUUUUUUAGCUUUAUAUUUAUCAGAGGGGAAAAAUUUCGGUCUUAUCGCCAGAGUGUUGAAAAAGCCAAUUAAACAAGUUGUUGAAUUUUAUUAUUACUUUAAAAUGUCUACCAAGUUUAGAUUCGCAAAAACUCUUAAAAAAGAAUUGAUUUCUUAUUCUUCUAAACUGGAUCAAAUUGAUAAUUCUAUAACUAAAUUAAAACAUUUAUCCUCU